AUGACGAAGAAUGCGCCUACUCUCGACGAUGAAAAGAAACCCGAACUGGGAGGCUUGGAUGACGAUACCGUUGUCGCCGUCGACCAUGGCGUACAAGUCAAUGCCGCGGGAUAUAAAGAUCAGCUGAAGCGUCAAUAUGGUCUUCUCGGAAUUGUCGGUUUUGCUCUUACCGUCGAUAACGCCUGGGCAGCUUUGGGAUCUUCGAUAUCAGUUUCAAUUCUUAGUGGGGGGCCUCCAGGUCUGAUUUUUGGCCUCAUUGUUGCUUUAUUUUGGUAUUCCUUUAUAGGUAUGAGUCUGGCCGAGCUUGCCUCGUCAGUACCCACCGCUGGCGGCGUGUAUCAUUGGGCGACCAUCGCAGCCGGACCAAACUGGGGUCGAACUGUCGGAUUCUUCACAGGUUGGAUCAACUUUUAUGGCUGGAUGUUUGACUUGGCAGCCCUGGUUCAAAUCACCUCCAAUAUUCUCGUUCAGAUGUACGCGGUUUACCAUCAGGACACUUAUGUUCCGGAUUCCUGGCAUGUUUAUGUCACGUACAUUGCUGUCCUAUGGAUUUCAACCUUAUUCGUUAUUUUUGCGAAUAGACUCGUACCGUAUACCCAAAACUUCGGAAUGUUCCUAGUCUUAGUCGGAGGUAUCGUAACGAUCAUUGUGAUUUCGGCUAUGAACCCGGGUUCCCAUGCCUCUAACCAUUUUGUAUGGGGUUCGUUCGAGGAAAACAACUUGACGGGUUGGCAAGGUGGCGUUGCAUUCCUUUUAGGAGUGCUGAACGGCGCGUUCACUAUUGGCACGCCUGAUGCCAUUACCCAUAUAGCAGAAGAACUUCCACACCCAAGGAGAGAUCUUCCAAAAGCCAUGGGACUUCAGAUAGGUUUAGGGUUCCUGUACGCGUUUGUUUUCGCCAUCGCGCUUAGCUACGCUAUUACAGACCUCUCAGCGUUGCAAGGUGGCAUCAAUACCUAUCCCCUUGCUGUCAUAUACCUGCAAGCGACAGGUAGCUCAGGAGCGACCUUCGGCCUCUUAUUCAUCCUGCUUCUCACUAGCAUGUGCUGCUGUGUUGGAACGGUGCUGACGAACUCGCGCACGUACUGGGCACUAGCUCGAGACAAUGCCGUACCGUUCUCUGGUAUUUUCGGCAGGGUUAACGAAGGGCUUAGCUGUCCUAUAUAUGCAACCCUGUUCGUGUCUGUCGUCGCUACUGGUCUUGGUGCAAUCCCCUUGGGAAGCUCGAGCGCCUUCUUGGCCCUAACGGGCUCCUUUAUCGUUUUAACGACAGUGUCAUACGCAAUUCCAUUUACUGCCAAUAUGAUUACCGGACGAAAAUACUUCCCCCCAGGGCCUUUUCACAUGGGGAAAUUUGGAUAUGCAGUGAACUUGAUAGCUGUUUUGCUUAUAGCCAUGUUUGUCAUAUUAUUUUGCUUCCCUUAUGAGAUACCUACAACCAUUGAGGCUAUGAAUUACAAUAGCGUGAUUCUUGUUGGAACUCUCACGCUUUCGUCGAUAUGGUGGAUUGUACAUGGAACCCGGCAUUAUCCAGGUCCCAAGGUGAUGAAGCUAUACAUUCAUGAUGAUUUGGUCCCCACGGACAAUACGGGAGUGGUCGAGAAGUCCAAUACGUCGAUACACAACAGGGGAACCGACUCGGCGAACAGCGCAUCAAAAGUAACCACCAGUCCCACUAAUGCUAUUUCUCCCGCAGCAUCGAGCUUCGCAAAGACGGACGGUCUAUUCUUCAACAUCGACGGCGAAACUAAGUAUUAUGCGGGCACAAAUAGCUACUGGGUCAGCUUUCUAACAAACAACGCCGACGUCGAUAAGACGUUCGACCAGCUCAAGUCGGCAGGGCAUAAGAUCCUGCGUGUCUGGGGCUUCAACGAUGUCACGUCUCAGCCAGGGUCCGGCACGGUCUAUUUCCAAUACCUGUCGGCAAGAGGCUCGACUAUCAACACGGGAGCCAACGGCCUACAGCGCCUCGACUACGUGGUCUCUGCUGCCGAGAAGCGCGGCAUCAAGUUGAUUAUUAACUUCGUUAACAACUGGGGCGACUAUGGUGGGAUGGCGGCUUACGUAACCGCCUUCGGCGGGUCCCAAAAGACCUGGUACACCAACACCGCAGCGCAGAACCAAUACCGCGCGUACAUCAAAGCGGUCGUAUCGCGGUACGCCAACUCCUCUACGGUGUUCGCCUGGGAGCUGGCCAACGAGCCGCGCUGCAACGGCUGCGAGACCAGCGUGCUAACCACCUGGGCCAAGUCGACCUCAGCCUACGUCAAGAGCCUCGACCCCAACCACAUGGUGACGCUGGGCGACGAGGGCUUCGGCCUCGCCGGCGACGGCAGCUACCCCUACCAGUUCGGCGAGGGUCUUGACUUCGCCGCUAACCUCAAGAUUGAUACCCUCGACUUUGGCACGUUCCAUUUGUACCCGAGUACCUGGGGCACGCAGAACGAGUGGGGGAAUGCGUGGAUCGAGGCCCAUGGCGCGGCUUGUGCGGCUGCGGGGAAGCCUUGCUUGUUUGAGGAAUACGGAUCUACGACCGACCACUGCGGCGUCGAGGGCAAGUGGCAGAAGACGUCACUCUCGACCAAGGGUCUUGCGGCGGACUUGUUCUGGCAGUUGGGGACUACGCUGAGCACGGGGCAGACGCACAAUGAUGGUUACACCAUCUACACAGGUUCGUCGGAAUGGACUUGUCUGGUGACGAACCAUGUUGCCGCUAUUAAAUAG